AUUAGUAUUUGAUAACAUUUUUCUCCACUAACUACAUAAAACUUCCUUGGAAAUUCACAACAAGACAACUAAUUUCAGUUCCAUUUAUAUGGCAAAGGAAUAUAUUAUUAAAUCUAAUGUUUAGGUACUACUGUGACUAUUGUGACACAUAUCUGACGCAUGACUCGCCAUCAGUUAGGAAGACCCAUUGCAAUGGUCGUAAACACAAAGACAAUGUCAAGUUCUAUUACCAAAAAUGGAUGGAGGAACAGGCUCAGAGCCUUAUAGAUGCUACAACUGCUGCCUUCAAAGCAGGAAAGAUACAAUCGGCACAGUUUGCUGGACCCAAGCCUCCUGGAGCAAUGAUACCUCCACCUCCCAAUCUCCAAGGUCCAGCCAGGCCUGCAGUCCCUGGUCAACGAAUGCCCAUCAUUGGCCCACCACCUAUGGGCCCUAUGGUUGGACCAAUGCCUGGACCAAUGCCUACUAUGGGUCCUCCAGGCCCUAUUCCGCAUAACAUGAUGGUACCAGGUAUGCGACCUCCAGUUGGACAUAUUGCUCCAAUGAUGCCAAUUGGACCUGUAACAGAUGGAGCAUCUCGACCACCAAUAAUGAUCCCACGACCACCAUAAAUCAUGUAACAUGCUUUCAAAAUCAUUUCAUAAUUUCAUUUGUGUGAAUUAUUUUAAUAAAAUUUUUA